AUGGAGCUGUGCUACAGCUUUGUGGCAGUACUUGUGGAAACAGUGCCGCGCUAUGAGCUACAGUGGUUGGCGGGGCUGAUUGCCCUCAGCAAUCGAAGGAAGGGCAUGGAAGACGAUGACUGGGAACAGAGAAUCUGGCAAUCGGUGGGAUUCAGAAGCAGUACAGCAGAUUGUGGAGAGAAUGCUUUCCGAAUUCCACCGCUCUAUCAACAGAACCUGAGCUCCCGCUGCUCUAGUUUCAAACAGCGCCAGUGGUACGAAGUCACAUGAAUGAAAGUGCCCGUCUCCAGUCCAGUUCAACCUUCCGCCACCUGCUUAGAUACAUCCAAAAGAUUCCAUCCUUCCACCGUGCUGAAAUGCUUCCGCAGCAGGAUCACAUCCCAGCUUAUUGUGAAGCCGGUGGCCAUUGAUUUAAAACAUGUUGACCUCAUUCAAAUAAAGAAUCCUCCGCUGGUUCGGGGCACGCAGGGGGCUCAGUGUACGUAUUCGCUUGUAGAUAAUAGUGGGGGAGCGUGAGUUUCGGUUGAGCCUUUUGAAUGUUAAUAUGAAUCAGAUCACGACUGAACAACCGAC